CGGCAGCUGAUAUCUUAGCCAUUUUCUUGUUUACAUGUCAGAUUUUAAUAUUUAAAUGCAUGUAUGUUAUGUAUUAUGUUCCUUGUUCAAUUCCAUUUACAAUAAUAUUUAAUUCAGGUAUAAAACGUGACAUGUUAUGAAUUUAUAAUUAGCUUUUUCUAAUAUAAACACGGUGGUAAAUAAUCUUUCAGGUUUAUGUUGCUUACGUUUGCGUGUGGUUCGUUUUAGAUAACUAUUGAGUACAAAUAUGACCAGAAAUUUUAAUUUUCAAAUGAAAUCGUUAAAAUCCAUAUGUAUUAAUUAUACAAUAAAUAAUAUAGCAGAAAUAGUUAAAUUAAAUAGAGAGGGUUUAGCAUACCUACCAAAUAACGUAAAGGAUCGUUUAUUAAGUAAAUUUACCGUUUCGUCACAUUUUUGGAGAAAUGUGAACCUUAAGAAGAUCCUUUCACUGUUAGUUCAUCAAAAUGUAAAACAUAUUGAUCUUACCUGUAUAGUAGUUGACGACGAGAUAUUAGAAAUAAUUGAAAAAUGUAGUGAAUUAAGUGAUUUAACUUUGAUGUAUGUUGGAGUCCACUCAUUAACAAGUAAAGGAUUGGUUAAAUUUUUCUCUAAAAUGCACAAACUUAGUAUAGUUAAGGCAUCCCAUUGUGAUGCAAUUGAUGAUAAUGUUUGUAAUAUUCUCUUCGAAAAUAAUCCAAACUUAAUUGGCCUAGACAUUGGAGGCUGUUUUAAAGUUACAGACAAAUCUCUUGUCAAAUUAUCAAAUAUGAAUAAAUUGGGCUGUUUAAAUCUGUCAGAAACAAAGAUAACAAAUGCAGGAUUGGAACAAGUAGUGAAAGGAUCAAGUGGCAAAAAUUUGGUGGAAUUGAGAAUAUCCAGUUGUCCGAAUCUUACAGAAAACGUAUUAAAAAGUGUCACUGAAAAUUGCAAUUCUUUACAAAUUUUAAUUUUUUCAAACAAUCAGUUAGAUCAAUUUGGAGAAAAUUUGGAAAGCGACAAGCUAAAGAACUUAAAACAAUUAACGUGGACGAUUUCAUGGUGAUAUUAAACAGUCGUUAUUUUGUUCAUGUGUUAUGAUGUGCCUCUGAGUCAUUAACGUAAUAUUUCUUUAAGUAAAGUUAAAUUAAUAAACUGUUUUAUUUUU